AACGUCGCCAUCUGCGGGGUUUCCACCAUCAUGUAGCCCGAAACGGAGCAGCGACAGCCGCGUGCCACUCCGACCCGACCACGACGCGACUGGACGUCGAGGGCGCGGCGGCGAAUAACGGCAACAAGAAACGAGAGCCGUGUGUUUUAUAUGUGUUCUCCCCUUCUAUUUAUUAGCGUCGUUGUCGUUUCCCACGGCUGACCAUGAAGGAGCAAGAGGGCUGCGGUAUGCGCUCCUCGGUGGGCUUUCUGUCCCGCAGGGAGCUCACCGGGCAGCCGCUCCUGAAGGACGACUUCCAGCGGCGGCGGAUGGCCGGCUGCACCAGCCUCUUCAAGAAGGACAUGCUCGGCCACUUCGGCUGCGUCAACGCCAUUGAGUUCUCCAACAACGGCGGAGAAUGGCUCGUGUCCGGAGGAGACGACCGCCGGGUGCUCCUGUGGCACAUGGAACAGUCCAUCCAUGCUCGAUCCAAGCCUCUGAAACUGAAAGGCGAGCACCUGUCCAACAUCUUCUGCCUGGCUUUUGACAGCAGCAACACAAGGGUCUUCUCUGGCGGAAACGAUGAGCAGGUGAUUCUUCACGAUGUGGAGAGAAGGGAGACGCUGAACGUGUUUCUGCACAUCGACGCCGUGUACAGCUUGUCGGUCAGUCCGGUCAACGACAACGUGUUUGCCAGCUCGUCCGACGACGGACGCGUCCUCAUCUGGGACACCCGCGAGCCGCCGAGCACGGAGCCCUUCUGCCUGGCCAGCUACCCCUCGGCCUUCCACAGCGUGAUGUUCAACCCGGUGGAGCCGCGGCUGAUCGCCACGGCCAACUCCAAGGAGGGAGUUGGAUUGUGGGACAUUCGCAAGCCACGCAGCUCGUUGCUCCGGUACGGCGGCAGCAUGUCCCUGCAGAGCGCCAUGAGCGUCCGCUUCAACAGCACCGGCACCCAGCUGCUGGCGCUGCGCCGCCGCCUGCCGCCCGUCCUCUACGAGCUGCACUCGCGCCUGCCCAGCUUCCAGUUCGACAACCAGGGCUACUUCAACUCCUGCACCAUGAAAAGCUGCUGCUUCGCCGGGGACAAGGAUCAGUACAUCUUGUCUGGGUCGGACGACUUCAACCUCUACAUGUGGAGGAUCCCAAAGGACCCGGGAGCAGGAGGCGCCGGGCGAGUGGUCAACGGGGCGUUCAUGGUCCUGAAGGGUCACCGCUCCAUCGUGAACCAGGUCCGCUUCAACCCUCACACCUACAUGAUCUGCUCCUCGGGCGUGGAGAAAGUCAUCAAGAUGUGGAGUCCCUACCAGCAGCCCGAGAGCCUCGGCGACCUGGAGGGCCGCGUGGAGGACAAGUCCCGCAGCCUCUACACCCACGAGGAGUACAUCAGCCUGGUGCUGAACAGCGGCAGCGGCCUGUCGCACGACUACGUCAGCCAGUCCAUCCAGGAGGACCCGCGCAUGAUGGCGUUCUUCGACUCGCUCGUGCGCCGCGAGAUCGAGGGCUGGAGCUCCGACUCCGACAGCGACCUGAGCGAGGAGGCCAUCAUGCAGCUCCACGCUCGGGGCCGCCGCACCGUGAGGCCCGCGCCGCCGCCGCCCGCCGCCGCCGCCGCCGCCGAUCAUCAGAGCGACUCCGACAUCUCGUCGUCGGUGUCCUCCUCGCUGGCCGGCCCCGACGCCUCGGGGGGAGAAGAGCCGGCGGGGCCCGAGGAGGAGGCGGAGGAGGAGCGGCCGAGGAGGCGGAGCCGGCUCCAGCGGCACCAGUCCGGCUUCCUGGUGAACGAGGACUCUGACUCCAGCGAGUUCUGGCUGGACCCCGUGCCGCGGCCCCGCUCCCCGAGCCCCAGGGACAACUCCACGCUGUCCAGCUCCUCCUCCUCCUCCUCCAGCUCCAGCAGCGACGACGAGGAGCGCCGCAGCGCCGUGAGGCGGCGCAACGUCGUGAGGCGCCGGCGCGCGCUCGUCGUCUCCAGAGCCGGGGCCCGACCCGCGUCGGGGCGCGCUCUGUUCUCCGCCAUGGACUCCUGCAGCUACCCGUCGAUCCUCAUCGACGAGCUGUCUUCCUCCUCGUCCGCCGAGGCACAGAACUCCCUCAGGCCCGGCGCCGGAGACGAGGACAAAUGCCUCAGCCCGUCUGACUUUGUGUGCCUGAGCCCCGUCAUGUCCCCCGAGAGCCCCGACGGCGAGGACGGGAGGAACAGGACUGAGCCGGAGAGACGUCCGGCCGCGGCCCGCCGCAGGACCGGAGGACACGCCGACGGCGGCGGCGAGGCUUGCGGCAGCUCGGCGGCGUUGGACGGCGAUCCUCCAGACGGACGCGGCCCCGGAGUCAACGGGCGCCACCGGACUGCGGCGCCCUACGUGAGAGGGAACCUCCACGUCUCCUCCGGAUCGGAGGAAGAGACUGGCGUCCCGCCUGGAGGCGCCGGGCCGCAGAGAGAGAAAGGCCCGGCGGCGCCCAGCGCCCUGAAACGGACUCGCGUGGGGUCAGAGGAGGUCGAGUCAGGCUCCUCCCCCUCGGGGAAGAAGUUAAAAAUAUUAUGAGGCUGCUUUCUCAUCUCGGAAAUAAAUAAUUUGUUAACGGGCGUCAUUUAGGAGGUGGUUUUUUAAAAUUUUUUAAUGGGUUUUUAAAGCUCAGCCUUUUCAUUUUGCGUCUCGGCGACAUGUGACGCGCCGCAGGAAGUCGUGCUGGAGACCUGAAGGAGCUGGAAGUGCGGGUCAGUUGUUGUUUACCAAAACAAAUGAAUCGGACAAUGUCGUCGCUCUAUUGGUCAAACCAAAGAUGACAAUAAAAGAUGGAAGUAUGAAAAGCUAAAUAUUGUUAAUAAUUUAAGUUUAAAGUAACAUUUGUUUUCAUGCGGCAUUCGCGUCUCUUUCUCUGGCGGCAGUAAGCUCCUCCUCCUCCCGCCGACACGACAACAAACAUGGAGGAGGACAAAAGCUUUGCAGCUUCUUAACUUUGACUGUCACACUUUAGAUUUUUUCAAGUGAUUUUUUGACAGACUGCUUCAGGGUGUCUAAAGAAUUGAGUGUGAAAUCUUCCGGAGUGCCGUUUGUUUAAGCCGUGCAUUGAAAUGAUGCUUUCAGUGUCUCCGCCAUUUGUUUUUGUCUCACUAUCCAGCCUCUGGGUACCAUGACAAGCCAGUGCUCGCUUUUGUUUCCUUGCAAUUAAAGAAUAAUUUGUUCUCCAGUGACAA